AGCUCACUAUGAAGAUCUUGUGUUUAAUCUCGGUUGCAUUGGCAAUCCUGGCCGUAGCUCAGGGCUACGCCAUCGGAGCUCCACAGACUGCAUGCACCUCGAUGGCUCCUAACCCUGGUGCUUAUGGACACAAUGCUCAACCACAAACAACAACUCCUCCAUACAGAGUGACAAUGGACGUGCCCUGCAACGGUUACCUACCUAACAAGAAAUACACAAUGACACUGAGACCUACUAACAAAUCACAUCAAAUUGAAGGCUUUUUAUGCCAAGUACGCAAGGCUGACGGGUCGGACACAACGGCCAUUGGCAUGUUCUCUGCUUUCAACCCCAAAGGCAAAGCUAAACACUUGGCUUGCAAUUCUCCCAAGGGAGCUGUCACUCACAAAAACAAUAAAGGAAUUCACGAGUUUCAAACCACGUGGAAGGCCCCAUCGAGCAUACCGAACUACAACUUGAGCGCAUUCUGCACAGUCGUGGAGCACAGAGACACAUAUUGGUUAAAAGUUCCGUCUGCCUUCUUCACGGCUGCAAAGAGCAAAACAGACAAUUGCGUGCACGGGCAGUGCGUCGCACUCAACGCCAAGAGCUCACGCUGCAGGUGUGAAGCAGGAUACAAUGGUCCAACGUGCGAAUCCGGUAACAGUGACUCCUUAUUAUAUAAUAAUCGCCUAAUUAAUUAACACGUGCACUACUGACUGUUCUUGAUUUGCGUCCUUUUCGUUCUAAGUUCAAACAGGUACAAAGCCAUUAAGGCCACCACCGAUACGCGAUGAUAGUUGCAAGGAGUUCAUGAGAGAAUGGGCUUCCAAACUUAGGGAAUGGAAGGAGUUCUUUGACAAGUACCAGGAGGUGUUCGCUACAGAUUUGUCGCCUACUAAUGCCACUUUGCAUGAUGACGAUUCUCAUGAUGGCCAUUCUCAUGAUGGCCAUUCUCAUGAUGACCAUUCUCAUGAUGACGAUGACAAGUAGCACGAACGGAAGCUGAAUUAUCGUAAUGUUUAGUGUGUUUGCGGAGUUGUUUGAAUGUACAAAUGUUUGCUUGAAAAUAGUACUCUUGACUCACUGUGUACGUUUGUUGGUCGUACCUAACAACAGUAAAUGGUUGAGUUACUGAUUGGCGUUUGUACGUAACACA